AUGCAACUCACCAGCUCCGUCCUCCUUUCCCUCGUCGGUGCCCUCGUCGGCACCUCCAUCUCCGCCUUUGCUGCCCCUACAGUCGGUGAAGGAGAGUUUGGACUCACUCUUCCUGCCAACAUCACCCGAGGCGUGCCCUUCGAGGUCACCUUCCAGGCCGACAGCGCUGCGAAGGGACCUACCUAUGUCUACGCUCAGUACGGCCUCGAGCUAGCGGACAAGGCCGUCUACCCUUCUCUAGGUCUUCCCGCCUUUGUGAAGGCCAACGGUGCCGCUGACACUGGCAAGUCUCUGACCAAGCGUCUCAAGAACGGCCACUUCACUCUGAAGCUCACCGUGCCCACCGUCAAGGACGAUGGACUCCACGGGUACCUCAAGGGCGAUGUUGUGCUGAGCAUGGCCCUCUAUGGUACCACUGGCGGAAGGAUGGACCCAAUCGUGACGCAGCUCAACCAGACCACCCACCUCUUUGCUCAUGCCAAGUAG